UUCAGUAAUUUUGAACAGGCAACAUUGUGGUUGCCUAAUGAGCCCGUCAGGACCCGCCCACUCCACAGCGGAUCAUGAAUUCAGGAAGCUACCGAGCCGGCUUCGGUGUAGGCUUGAGGAUGUGGCUUCUGUGGAUCGUGCUGCUCUCGCUGCUCUCUGCAGCAUCUGGGAGUGCGGACUCAAAGGCUGUCACAACCACUCUUACAACCAAAUGGGCUGAUACACCGCUGCUGCUGGAGGCCAGUGAGUUCAUGGCAGAGGAGAGCCAGGAGAAGUUCUGGGACUUUGUAGAGGCCAAUCAAAACAUAGAAGGAGAGCAUGACGACACAGAUCAGGCCUACUAUGAUCUGAUCAUGAAGAGAGCCAGUGCCUUGCUCAGCUCCGUCCAGUUAAACAUGCUGAAGUUCGCACUCUCACUGAGAGCUUACUCUGCAACAGUACACUCCUUCCAACAGAUAGCGUCCACUGAGCCUCCUCCUUCUGAAUGCUCAGCUUUUUUGAGCAUCCACGGAGAGAAGACCUGUGAUACAGAGAAGUUAGAGGCACUCCUAAAAACUGCACCUCAAAGGACAAAGCCAUAUCUUUUUAAAGGUGAUCAUAAAUACCCAGGUUCAAAUCCAGAUGCUCCUGUUGUGAUUCUUUACGCCCAGUUUGGGACGGCAGAUUUCCAGAAGCUUCACCAAGUCAUUCUAUCCAAAGUUAAUGAAGGCUCUGUGACCUAUGUGCUUCGCCACUACCUGCCUAAGUCAAGGGGAAAGAAGGUGUAUCUGUCCGGGUAUGGAGUGGAGCUGGCCAUCAAAAGCCAGGAGUACAAAGCAAAGGACGACACACAAGUCCAAGGGGCGGAGGUGAAUGCUACAAUGAUCGGAGAGAAUGAUCCAGUGGAUGAGGUCCAGGGAUUCCUUUUUGGCAAACUCAAGACCCUCUACCCGGAGCUCAAAGAACAGCUUAAAGAAUUGAGGAAGCAUUUAGUGGAGAGCACCAAUGAGAUGGCGCCGCUGAAAGUCUGGCAAAUGCAAGAUCUGAGUUUCCAGACAGCUGCUCGCAUUCUUGCUGCUCCCGCUGUUGAUGCCCUCAAUGUUAUGAAAGACCUCAGUCAGAAUUUUCCCACCAAGGCCAGGUCAAUCACUAAAACUGUGGUCAACUCGGAGAUCCGUAAAGAGAUUGGCGAGAAUCAAAAGUUUUUCAAAGGAACUCUGGGGUUGCAGCCGGGGGAUUCAGCGCUGUUCAUCAACGGGCUGCAUAUAGAUUUGGACGCACAGGACAUCUUCAGUGUGUUUGAAGUGCUGCGCAGCGAGGCGCGGGUGAUGGAGGGUCUGCGCUCCCUGCUAAUCGAGACACCUUUUAUUCACGACAUCCUGAAGCUCAACGUCCAGCCCUCCGACUCUGACUACGCCGUUGACAUCCGCAGCCCGGCCAUCAGUUGGAUUAACAACUUGGAGACCGACUACAGGUACAGCUCAUGGCCCUCCAACGUGCAGGAGCUGCUCAGACCAACUUUCCCUGGAGUCAUCAGGCAGAUCCGCAAGAACUUUCACAAUCUGGUGAUCAUUCUGGAUCCGACCCAGGAGAACACUGUUGAACUGCUGAGCGUCGCAGAGAUGUUUUAUGCUAAUAAUAUACCCCUCAGGAUCGGGCUGGUGUUUGUGGUGUCGGAUGAAGACGACAUCGAUGGUAUGCAAGAUGCCGGUGUGGCACUCGUCCGAGCCUACAACUACAUCACAGAAGAGGUGGACAGUCAGAAUGCAUUUGAAGCCGUCAUGUCGAUGUAUAACCGUGUGCCAGUUGGUGGUCGGCUGAGUGUUGGGGAUGUAGUUAAAGUGCUGGAGAAGAAGUUUCCCUACGUCGAAGUCAGCAGUGUCCUCGGAGCUGACUCCAGCUAUGACAGCAACAGGAAGGAAGGACGGGCAUACUAUGAGCAAACAGGAGUAGGCCCGCUGCCUGUGGUCAUGUACAACGGGAUACCUUACCAGCGUGAACAGCUGGACCCGGAUGAACUGGAAACUGUCACCAUGCAGAAAAUCCUGGAGACCACCUCGUUCUACCAGAGGGCCGUCUACCUGGGUGAGCUGGCUACAGACCACGAUGUCGUCGACUUCAUCAUGAACCAGCCCAGUGUUGUUCCUCGAAUCAACCCCAGAGUGUUGUCCACCAGCAGAACCUACCUGGACCUGUCUGAUACCAAUAACUACUUCAUAGAUGACUACGCUCGCUUCUCAACGCUAGACACAGUAGAGAAGAACACAGCUGUGGCCAACAGCAUGAACUAUAUGACAAAGAAAGGGAUGACCACCACCAACAGGCAUGAUGAUGCCUACAUUCGUCCUGUGACUUUCUGGGUAGUGGGAGAUUUUGACAAACCCUCAGGACGCCAGCUCCUUUAUGACGCCAUCAAACACAUGAAAACCAGCAACAACGUCCGACUGGGGAUGAUCAACAACCCGUCAGCUGACGUGUCUGCUGAGACGACCCGCGUGACCAGAGCAAUCUGGUCCGCCAUGCAGACACAAACUGCCAAUAAUGCCAAGAACUUCAUCACAAAGAUGGCUAAAGAAGAGACCGCUGCGGCCCUGGAGAAGGGUGUCGACGUCGGCGAGUUCGCUGUCGGGGGUAUGGAUUUGUCACUGUUUAAAAGUGCGUAUGAGGCUCCCAAGUUCGACUUCCUGCUUUCCCACGCUGCUUACUGUCGAGAUGUGCUCAAACUGAAGAAAGGACAAAGAGCAGUUAUCAGCAACGGAAGAAUCAUAGGUCCGCUGGAGGAGGCGGAGGUGUUUAACCAGGACGACUUCCUGCUUUUGGAGAGCAUCAUCUUAAAGACUUCUGGAGAGCGCAUCAAAAGCAAAGUUCAGAAUUUUGGAAUCGAGGAGGACAGGGCCAGCGACCUUGUGAUGAAGGUGGACGCUUUGCUCUCGUCUCAGCCUAAAGGAGAAGCACGUGUGGAGUAUGGCUUUGCAGAUGACCGCUACAGUGCUGUGAAGAUUCGUCCUAAAGAGGGAGAUGUAUAUUUUGAUGUCGUUGCUGUGGUAGAUCCAGUAACCAGAGAAGCUCAGAAACUUGCUCCUCUUCUUCUGGUUAUGAAGCAGCUGGUAAACGUCAACCUGCGUGUCUUCAUGAACUGCCAGUCAAAGCUGUCAGAAAUGCCCCUGAAGAGUUUUUAUCGUUACGUACUGGAGCCAGAGGUGGCGUUUCAGGCUGAUGGUAGUUUCUCUCCUGGGCCCAUGGCAAAGUUCCUGGACAUGCCCCACUCUCCACUCUUCACUCUAAACCUCAACACUCCCGAGAGCUGGAUGGUUGAGUCUGUGCACACUCGAUACGAUCUGGACAACAUCUACCUGCAGGAGGUGGAGAAUAUUGUAGCAGCAGAGUAUGAGCUGGAGCACCUUUUGUUGGAAGGCCAUUGUUUUGACGUCAGUUCGGGUCAGCCUCCACGUGGCCUUCAGUUCACCCUGGGAACCGAGUCUGAGCCCGUCAUCGUGGACACUAUCGUCAUGGCAAACCUGGGUUACUUUCAGCUCAAAGCCAACCCAGGCGCCUGGAUCCUGAAGCUAAGGAAAGGGCGCUCUGAUGAAAUCUACAAGAUUUACAGCCAUGACGGCACAGACUCUCCGGCAGACUCGGACGACAUUGUAGUCGUGCUGAACAAUUUCAAGAGCAGAAUCAUUAAAGUCAAGGUCCAAAAGAAGCCAGACAAGUUCAGCGAGGAGCUGCUGAGUGAUGGGACGGAGGAGAACGACACUGGUUUCUGGAAUUCCCUGACCAGAGGUUUCACGAGUGGAGGGAAGACGGAGGAGCCAAAGCAGGACAAGGAAGAUACGAUCAACAUCUUCUCUGUGGCCUCGGGGCAUCUGUACGAGAGGUUCCUCAGGAUCAUGAUGCUGUCAGUUCUAAAGCACACCAAAACUCCCGUCAAGUUCUGGUUCCUCAAGAACUACUUGUCUCCCACUUUUAAGGAGUUUAUCCCCCACAUGGCGAAGGAAUACGGCUUCCAGUACGAGCUGGUCCAGUAUAAGUGGCCCCGCUGGUUACACCAGCAGACGGAGAAGCAGAGGAUCAUCUGGGGCUACAAGAUCCUCUUCCUGGACGUGCUGUUCCCUCUGGCCGUCGACAAGAUCCUGUUCGUGGAUGCCGACCAGAUCGUGCGCACAGACCUGAAGGAGCUGCGUGACUUCGACCUGGAGGGAGCUCCGUACGGAUACACUCCGUUCUGCGAGAGCCGCAGGGAGAUGGACGGAUACCGCUUCUGGAAGUCCGGAUACUGGGCGAGCCACCUCGCUGGACGCAAAUACCACAUCAGCGCGCUGUACGUCGUCGAUCUGAAGAAGUUCAGGAAAAUAGCUGCAGGAGAUCGACUCAGAGGACAGUACCAGGGGCUCAGCCAAGACCCCAACAGCCUUUCCAACCUCGACCAGGAUCUUCCAAACAACAUGAUCCACCAGGUGCCCAUAAAGUCUCUACCUCAGGAGUGGCUGUGGUGUGAGACCUGGUGUGAUGACAGCUCCAAGAAGAGCGCCAAAACAAUAGAUCUGUGCAACAACCCGAUGACCAAAGAGCCCAAGCUGCAGGCUGCGGUGAGGAUCGUGGCAGAGUGGACCGACUACGACCAGGAGAUCAAACGCCUGCAGGCUAGAAUCCAAGACAGAGCGAACCACAUGGCGAAGCAGCAGCCCACAGAUGCUCACACGGAGCUGUAAGGCGCUCGCUGCGAUGAGGCGCUGAACUGGACUCUGUUUAAAGAGUCUGCUUCAGAACGACGCUCCUCUCCUGCCUCGGGGACUGCUGACAGACUGACCGACUGGUUGAAACAAUGUCCAGUUUUUUGUUCUUUUAUAGGUUUCGGUGACUGUGUGGGUGCAAACUGUGAGGAUGUGUUGUGUGAAGCGAAUCAUUUUUUUCUCCCUGUAAUUGAUGUCAGUCUGUUUGCACUGAUUGGGAUUCUGGUUCUGGCUUUUGUAGAAGCACAAAGGGAGGAGGACUUCAGAGAAUGGCAUUGCUGGUUCAUUUUGGUGUUUAUUUGCUGUACGUCAAACAUUUGGUGCUGGUAACACUUUGCACUCGCUCAUUUGAAGCUGUUUGGUUUUUCUCUGGAUUGCAUAAAGAUACAAGUUCUCGUGAAGGCUGUGAUUUUAAAGAAAACAAGGAGAAGCACUAUAAACUCUCACCCACAGGUGUUUGACCUGAAAAUGAACAUCAAAAUCAGUAGGAUUGUUGUCACUGUGACUCUCAGGUACAGAUGUUGCAGCAUAAAGUCAGAAGCAGAUCAAAGUUAUACUGUAAAGGGAAGAGAAGCCUUAAAAGUUUGGCUAAAGCAAAAGUGAUUUCUGUUCUUUGGUAACAUCGAUGGAUUUGUCAUCUUCAUCUUGUUUCGGCUGUCAGAUAUUUUUGUUAAAUAAAGUCUGAGUAAUGGGUGGUCCAGUGUA